AUGCUAAAUACCUUGAAACAUAUUUCGAAAAUGGGUAGACGCAACUUCAAGAAAGGUAACGGCUUCGGCAGAACCGAAAAGCGUGGCACCAACAAUCAAGGCUCUUGGACCGAUGUCGAACGUGAGAAUGAAAAAUGGGAGGCUUACUACAAGGCCCUCAACAUUAUUCCAGAAGACGAGUGGGCUAAAUUCAAGGAGACCUGUCGUACGGACUUGCCAUUGACGUUUCGUAUCACCGGUUCUAAGGCUCAUGCAGAAGAAGUCAACCAGAAGUUCUUGGACGACCAUGUCGCAAAUUUGAAGGACGUUGAGUUCGAGGGUCUUCCAUUGGCUCCUAAGAACAUCGCCUUCUAUCCCGAUCAAUUGGGAUGGCAAUUGGAUGUUCCAAAGUCUGUCAUCAGAAAGAAUGCAGAGUUUGCUAAAACCCAGCGUUUCUUAGUUCUCGAGUCGAUCGUAGGAAACAUAUCCAGACAGGAAGCAGUAUCCAUGAUCCCUCCUCUUUUGAUGGACAUUGAGCCACACCACGCUGUCUUGGAUAUGUGUGCUGCUCCUGGUUCGAAGACCGCACAAUUGGUUGAGGCUCUCCAUGCCAAAGAUGCCGAGAAGGCUGCCACCGGUCUUGUUAUCGCCAACGACAGUGACUACAAGAGAUCCCAUAUGUUGGUACACCAAGUCAAGAGACUCAACUCACCUAACUUCAUGGUAAUCAACCAUGAUGCUCAAUUGCUCCCAAGAAUCACCUUGCCAGAGACUGGCUUGAUCAAAUUUGACAGAGUGUUGUGUGAUGUCCCAUGUUCUGGUGACGGUACUAUGAGAAAGAACAUUAAUGUAUGGAAGGAUUUCACUGUCGGCGAUGGUUUGGGAUUGCACCCAUUGCAAGUCAACAUCUUAACUAGAGGAUUGCAGCUCUUGAAAGAUGGUGGUCGUCUUGUGUACUCCACCUGUUCCUUGAACCCUAUCGAAAAUGAAGCUGUAGUCGCAGAGGCAUUGAGAAAGUUUCCACAAGUUAGCCUCGUAGAUGUCUCCGCUGAUUUGCCAAACUUGGUUAGACGCGCUGGUAUGCUGACCUGGAAGGUUUAUGACAAAGAAAUGGAAGAGAAGCAGCCAGGCGACGAAACCAUUCACACCACUGCUUUCCCACCUUCUGAAGAGGAGCAAAAGAACUUCAACUUGGAAAGAUGUGUUAGAGUAUAUCCUCAUUUGCAAAACACUGGAGGGUUCUUCAUUACCGUUUUCGAGAAGAAGGCAAAGGAUAACGCUACUGCCAAAAGAGCUGCCACUCCUUCUGAGCAAGAGCCAGAAACUAAGAAGGCAAAGAUCCAAGCCACAUCUGAACUCGUCCCAAUGUCGAAGAAAAAGACCCCAAGAAACGCCAAUGAGGAGCCAUUUGUCUUCUUGGCCCCAGAAAACGAGCAAUUACAAAAGUGCUGGAGCUUCUACGAGGUCGCUGAUGGAUUCCCUCGUGACACUUGCUUGGUUAGAAACGCCACUGGUGAUGCUUCUCGUAGUAUUUACUACGUUGCGCCUUCAAUUGCUGAGAUUUUGAGAAUCGAAAACCAAAAGUUGAAGCUUGUUCAUGCUGGUAUCAAACUCUUCUCUGCUCAAAGAAAGGACCACGAGCUUUGUCCUUGGAGAAUCCAAAAUGAAGGUUUGAGCAUGAUCAAAGAGUACUUGGGCAACUGCAGACAGCUCUCAUCAAACAUGGAGUGCUUGAAGCUCUUGUUAACCAACGCUUACCCAUCUAUUCAAUUCCUUGAGAAGAGUGGCGUUGAUGGUAAGUUCUGCGAAGAUUUGAGAAAGAUGACCGAGGGUUGCGCUUUCAUGCUGAUUAAGAGAACUGCUCCACUUGAAGAUAUGUUUGUUCCAUUGUGGGUCGGAAAGACCAACGUCAAUUUGAUGGUCAAUAAGCAAGAUACUCAGGAAUUGCUCAUGAGACUUUACGACAUCGAAACCAAGGCUUCUGACGAGGUCAAGGAGAAAACAUACCAAUUGAAGGUUGAGGCUUUGAAAGCCGCCAGGGACUCCGAGACCCCAGAGACUGAUUCUUGA